UUUAUAUAUGAAACCGGAAUAUUGUAUGAAAGUUGUACAAUGUGGACGAUUUGCGCUUGAAAUCAGGCAAUCGAAACUCGACUGGAGAAGAAGGCAGUGCGCUUUCCAUCAGAUACUUGGCGACUGCCCAACAGUUCAUGAUUUUUUAUAGAAAACUAAGGAUUUUCUUAUUGGCCAGCAUGAGUGAUUCUUCCAACAAACUGUUUCCCACAAGAUUGCAUCUUGUGAUUUUUAUCACCUACAUCGCUCUCUUUGUAAAUCAAGGUCUUCUUAUAACUGCAUCUAAAGAUGAAAAUAAUAAGUACACGUACAACACAACAACUGUCGUUAUUCUUGUGGAGCUGGGGAAAUUAUUCUUCAUUCUACUUUUGCAGUUUCGUGAAUCAUCGUUGUCAGAAUUUUUAAAUCAAAUAAAGUCUAAUGCAAGAAUGUUUGGAUUUUACAUGAUCCCAGCCUUGUUAUACUGUUUGUACAACAACCUUGCCUUUAUCAAUCUGAAAGCAUAUGGUCCAACUUCGUAUUGGUUGCUCCUCCAAUUCCGGGUUGUUACUACUGGUGUUGUUUAUCAGUUUCUGUUUAACAAGCAGUUGUCUCUGAGGCAAUGGCUAUCACUUGGUCUUCUUACCUUUGGUUGCAUUGUUCAACACAUUGGCCACAGUUCCGCAGAAAGCUCCUCUUUCAACUUCCGAGUUGAUAGAUACCUUCUCUUCAUGCUUGUUCAGAUAUUCAGCUCCUGCAUUGCUGGCGUUUAUAAUGAGUACCUUUUGAAAGGAAAAGCAGGCGAUGUUCCCUUCUUGACCCAGAGCUUUUUCAUGUACCUCGAUUCGAUAAUCUGCAAUUUCGGCUACAUGUAUUUUAACAGCACAUUUAGCCAGGCGCUAACCCCCGAGGGACUUGCAUCUCUCAAACAACCCAUUGUUCUUGGCAUAAUCCUAAACAACACGAUUGCCGGGCUGGUAACUGCAAUCCUGCUUAAAAAACUGAACUCAAUUCUGAAGCAAUUUGGUGCAUCCUUGGAGAUUAUUUUCACUGCAAUUCUUGUAUGGAUAUUAUUUGGCAAGGCCAUAACCACCUACACAUUCAUGGCCAUAGUCAUUGUGUGCACCGCCAUUUACAUCUAUUCGACAAGUCCAAUACAAAACCCAUCUACCCAGGGAAAUACAGUGGAAGCAACUGGUCAAGACAGCAGCAGAAAGGGCGAGCAUGUCUAGGAACUUUUAUUUAAUUUGUAUUCUAGAUGCUUUUAUAUUGAUGUGACUUCUAAUUAUUAAAAUGAAAAAUGUCA